AUGUUGAUUUCACGCAGUAUCCAAGACACGGUUUUCCAAGUUACCUUAAGUUAUGGUAGAUAUCAAGCUACUAGGAUGAUGUCAAUGAACGAAAGAUGUACCAAGCUGACUUACAGUCGCUAUCAAAUUUUUGGGGAUCGCAACGCAUUCGCUCAAUUCCACCUUGAAGUACAAUGCGAAUCUGCCACGCAAAUCAAAUGCGAACCUAAAAAGCAAGCCAUAACAGACAUCUCAAAGGAUUUUGCCAAUAUCUUGGCUAGCAAAGAAUUCAGCGAUGUGACCCUGGUCACCAAAGAUCGAGUUGAAUUCAAAGCCCACAAACUUGUAUUAUGCGUUCGCAGUGACGUUUUUGCAGCCAAGUUUCGCAAUGACCUGCAGGAGGAACAAAAAACCGCCAGUAUUACCAUCGACGAUAUGGAUUCAAAAGUUCUCAAGGAAUUGCUGAAUUACAUGUACACGGACAGCGUAAUAGCCAAGGAAAUGGCAGGAGAUCUAUUUGUGGCGGCCAAAAAAUACGCCCUUUUGGGUUUACAAGAAAUGUGUGUAGAUAUGUUAAUCGAUACAAUGAGUACGGACACAGUGGCUGAUAUUCUUCUUCUGGGCAAUCGCCAUUCCAAUGAACGCCUCAAAUCUGAGGCUGCUCACUUUGCAAUGGAAAACAUUAAAACAGUCAUGGCAACGGAGAGCUGGAAAAGAUUGCGACAAAAUGAACUUGAGUUAUGUAUGGACAUAUUGGAAAAGGCCAUGCAGGAACGUUUGUAG